CAACCCCUUUUUGCGCCUUAUAAUUUCACACUCGACAACCGAUUCCCAAGCCUAAUUGAAACCUUACACAGAACCGAAAUAAAACCAAAAAAAGGAUAAAAAAAAAAAAAGUAGGCUUUUCCCGUUACUCUCCUUCGGUGGUGCGUAUUCUCCACCCGCAACAAUGGGCCAAUCCCCGUCCACCGCUUUAGACAGGGAAAGCUCCCUCAGCGAUCGCUUCAGCAUUUUAUCCUCUUCUGGUUUUGUUUCCAGUGAGGAAUUUCCCGAUGAAUUCGUGGCGAAUCGGGAUUACACCGCCGAGAUUCCCGACGAGUGUUUGGCUUAUGUUUUCCAAUUCCUCGGUCCUGGCGAUCGGAACCGGUGUUCCCUUGUCUGCAAGAGGUGGUUGCGCGUGGACGGUGAGAGCCGUCACCGUUUGUCUCUCAACGUCCAAUCUGAGAUCGUUGCUUCGUUACCUUCUCUUUUCACGCGCUUCGACUCCGUAACCAAGCUCGCCCUACGUUGUAGCCGUAAAUCAAUCAGCUUAAACGACGACGCUUUGGUGAUGAUCUCAAUUCGUUGCCAAAACCUUACACGGCUGAAGCUCCGCGGUUGCCGCGAAAUUAGUGACGAAGGAAUGUCGGCAUUUGCUCAGAAUUCUAAGAAUUUAAGGAAACUUUCUUGUGGCUCUUGCAUGUUUGGCGCUAAAGCUUUAAACGCUGUCCUCGAUUAUUGCAAGAAUUUGGAAGAGUUAUCGGUGAAAAGGCUCAGAGGAAUCCACGACGGAGCUGAGCCGAUCGGCCCUGGAGCUGCGGCUUCGUCGCUGAAAAUGAUUUGCUUGAAAGAACUCGUUAACGGUCAGUCUUUUGAACCGCUUGUGAUUGGAUCAAAAAACCUUACUUUGAAAAUUAUUCAUUGUUUGGGUGAUUGGGAUAGAGUCCUUCAAUUAAUUGGAAGUCAAAAUCGAAAUGGAAAAGAAAAUUUAAAUUUUAAUAACAAUAAUAAUUCUUUGAUGGAAAUUCACCUUGAGAGGCUUCAAGUAAGUGAUAUAGGGCUAUCUGCGAUUUCAAAAUGUACCGAAAUUGAGAAUUUGCAUAUCGUGAAAACCCCGGAGUGUUCGAAUUACGGGCUUGUUUGUGUAGCUGAGCAUUGUAAGUUGUUGAGGAAGCUUCAUGUUGACGGAUGGAGGACUAACAGGAUUGGAGAUGAGGGUUUGAUUGCUGUUGCCAAACACUGUCCUAAUUUACAAGAACUUGUUUUGAUUGGUGUUAAUGCUACCCAUUUAAGCUUGGCUGCCAUUGCUUCUAAUUGUUCGAAACUAGAGAGAUUAGCACUUUGUGGAAGUGGAACUAUUGGUGAUGCCGAGAUUGCUUGCAUUGCUGCAAAAUGUAUGGUGUUGAAGAAACUUUGCAUCAAGGGGUGUAAUAUCGAUAUUGGGAUUGAAGCACUUGCUUGGGGUUGUCCCAGUUUGGUGAAAAUUAAGGUAAGGAAAUGUAAAGGGGUGAGUAAUGAGGCUGGCGAGUGGUUGCGUGAAAAGAGGGGAUCGAUGAUUAUCAAUAUGGAUGCUUGUGAAAUGGAUGGUGGUUUUGAGGCUAGUGCCAGUGAUGUUGGAGUUCAUGAAAAUGGUGUGGAGAUACUGCCGGCGGGUGGCCAAGUAAAUGGUCCAGAUGCUUCAACGAGCAGCAAUGGUAGAUUAGCAUUAUUGAGUAAAGUUGGGCUUUUUGCUGUUAGAAAUUUAGUGGCAUGCACAUUCAGAAGGUGGUCUAACAGUGAUGAUAGUUUCAAUAGCAACUUGUAAAUGAUCUGUGAAUGAUCUUUGUAAGAGUUGGAAAAUAUUCUUGCCCUGAACAAUUGCAGUCUUUUGAGUUCACUGAGAUGAGCCUUUUUUUUUUUUUUGAAAAAAUGCCUAAUUGUAUUUCUUGAUUUAAAUUUUUUUUCUUGGAUUUUGUAAACAUUGAAAGGGAAGACAACAGGAAGCAAGUGGCGAAGGAUUUUCUCAUUAUUGCUUAUAGCUGCAUCUUCUUUAUCCACCUCCCCCUUUCUAUUUGCUGUAAUUUAAUUUGUCAAAUAUGCAAUUUCUUCAGCAGUAUGCUGAUGUUGCCCAUUAUAUUUUUUUUCAAUGGUUGUGUACAUGUGUUUGCGACUUCUUAUGGAAUGAUAUCGAAUGUCUGGAGUAACUUGCAUUUAAUUUG